AAUGGGAAAAGGAAGUUCAGGGAUUAAAAAAUAAAAAAAAAGUAAAAUGGGAGGAGAAGAUUAGAACUACGGAAAAGUUGUAAUUUGUCUUCAUUUUAUUUUAGGGAAGACCAAAAAAGAAGAAAGAAAAUAAUGAGGCAACUUAAGAGGUUGAUAAAAGAUAAUGGUUUAAUGUAUAUCGAGCUUUACAAAUGCUUACACUUAUAUGUGAAAAAGGAAGCUUAGCUUUAAGGUACAAGACUGGAUAAAAGAGUAAUACAAUGGAGGAGUCAACAAAAACAAAGAAAAGUGAGGAAACAAGAAAGUUGAAGGUAGUGGAUAAUAUUCUAUUAGUAAUAAGCAAAAACUUAAGGAUUUGAAGAAACAUUGCAAUUAUGAAGAAAGAAAAUUGUAUCUCCUUAUAGAUAAUAACACUGAAAAUGUUUAAAUUGAAUUACCAAAUGCUGAUAAUGAUGGAAUCAUUGAAGACAUGGAUAAAAUAUAUAAAUAUCUUGAUAAAGAGUUUUAAGUGUCAUUUCUUUUGAUUUUAUAAUAAUACCUAGAGUAAUAAGAAUAAGAUUCUUUGAUAUUGGCAAGAGAAAUAGUUUAAAAAAUGAUGGAAUAGAAAGAAUAGCAUAAGAUGCUUUUGAAUUUAGCAUUAAUUAAGACAAAUAUAGAAGAAGAUUUAGAAUAUGUGUUAUAAUUGGUAUGAGAUUAAUAAAAUAUGAAGGCUAAUACUACUACUGGAGUAUAAUCAUAAUAUGAAGUGAAUGAGAAGUGGAUUAGUGAAGAAAAUAAAAUAGUGGAAUGGUUGGUUGCAUUUAUAGAUAAGAUUAUUGCUAUAUUCAAGACAGAUAGAUAAUGAAA